AUGCAACGAGCAAAAGUGAAGAGUAGUUUACCCUUCAUCUACGUGCAGUUUGCAGUGGAGAGAGGUGUUGGUGUUGGCGCAGCUGAAGUAAUAAUUGGCUUUACGAUUAUCUGUCGUUUCUUAAUUUCCCCCCAGCAUGGCCCGAAAGAAACAGUACUGGAUCUGCCAAAGUUUGUUGACAAGGGUGUUCAAGUCAAGCGAACUGGUGGAAGACAAGGGACUUUGAAGGGAUAUGAUCAGUUACUAAACCUUGUGCUGGAUGAAGCUAUAGAGUUCAUAAGAGAUCCAGUUGAUCCAUUGAAGACCACUGAUCAGCACCGGCGUCUUGGAUUAAUACAAGACAACAAUUUUUUGGAUUUUAGUAGGUGGUGGAAGCAGAAAUCAAGGGGGCUAUCUCUCAAGGAGGCGUGGCAUGCAGAAUACAGGAAGGAAACUAUACUGCAAUAGUUAUCAUGUGGAAAAAAAAAGGGCGAGGGUGGGGAGGGGGAGGUUUGUAGGGGGACGGCGGUGAUGCUUGUAUCCCCAACCGAUGGUACAGAUGAGAUUGCCAACCCCUUCAUCCAGCCAGAUGGGGCUUAAGUUCUGUAAUGAUCCCCCAAAUUAACUUCUGUGACAAGUAAAUUAGGAUGCCUCUUAAUUCUUUUUCCUUGAAUGGUUGGAAUUCAUGGCUCAAAAUUGGGUUAGAGGAAGUUGAGAGGGAGAGGGAAUUUUUAUUGUACCUGUUCUGAAAAGUAACUAUAUCUGAAAUGAAAUGAUGCUGGUAUUAUUGUCAAAACAACUGUAUGUGUUAGUGCAAGUACUACAGUUUGUUUCUGGGGUUGUGGAAUGGCUCUUCUGGCGGAUAAAAGGGUCUCUGGGAAGAAAAAAAAAAAACCCCUUGACUUACUGAAGAGAGCUUGUGUUUUAUACAUUAAUUGCUAAGGAGUCCUAACUGGUGAAUGUUGUAAAAUUAGGAUUUGCACCUGGUUAUUUCCCUUAUUCUUACCCUUCUUGUGGCUGCUACUAACAUGCUUUUUCAAAUAUGCUCUCUAUCAUGUCAAGUAUGAUGUAUUAAUUCAAUCUCAACUUUGAUUUGAUUGUUAGCAACACAGCAA